CACUGCAUCUAUGUAUCACACCCCGUGAGCAGGCAGGAGGAUCGACACGGGUCUUGUGGGCAGACCUUGUACUGUAAACCAGAUUUUUCGAGGACGCGCUGACAUUCUGCGAUGUAACUCGCUACCGAGGGCUCCCCAGUGCCCAUGGGGAUGAGGCAAAAGUCUUUCUGCGUGAACUUAUGAAAACGGAUGCAGGGGAAUGAAUACCAGCAACGGCAUAUAGUUCAUUGGACUGGGACAUGAUGGUGGGUGUCGGCUAAGAUGAGGAGUUACUAUAUUUGUACUUGUCUCCAGCCCCCAUGUCUGUUCAGUCGCGGAUACACACCUUCGAGACACUGAAUGGUGGCGGCACAAUAGGGCUGCAGAGUCCUCUCUCCCCCAAAGUCAUUCCAUCGACGCCACCCAAAUUGUCACCAUCGCCGUCACCCCCCAACCUGGGGCGCAAGUCGUCCCUCAUUGACCUCAAGAUCGACUUGAAGGAUUGGGUACUCGACGACGGGUCGCCUCCGCGCGCAAAUGGAUUCAGCGGGGCUUAUGACGAUGCGUUGAUACACUUUUCGCCGCCCAAACCAUCCUCGGUGAAAUCACAGAAAUCAGGGAAAGCACCCCCCUUGCCCCCGAGGAAACCUUCUUUAGCCAGUUUGAAGGGCGUGUCCUCCCUUCCGCCGACGUCCAGCCCCGCAGCGGCGCCGCCGUUGCCUCGGCGAGGAGAUUCUCUGACUGUAGAGCAUACGUACCCACCAAAGCUGGGCGGGACGUUGACGUUGGACAUUUCCUCGACCAAUCGACACACGCACGGCUCCUCCAUCUCUUCUUUCCACUCCGUGUCGCUGUCGGACAAAUCUCCCAGUCCCGUCACAACUGUCUUCCCGCAGCACGAGACCGGAAGCUCCAACUCGGAAUCGUUCGAGGAAUUGUCCGCUUCGGCAGCCAUCGCUAGUCCUGCGACCGCGAAGAUGAUCGCGCAAGACUGGGAACGGGCGAUGGAGAGGCGGCAGCCACCGAAGCUCCCCAUGCGUCCUCCACCCGUGACGACCUCGCCCCCCUCCGCACGCCGAGCGCCCCCACCUCCUCCCUCCGACCGGGCGUCGCUACGAAGCGUCGCCUCGGCGUCCUCGUCCACAUCAUUCUCCUCGACGACAUCCUUCUCCUCAAGCAUGUCUACGCCUGGGCCUUCGUCGUCCUCUAAAUUCGACGCACUCUCGCGGCCGCCCCCAGUCCCGCCGGCCCCUCGUCGGCGAUACGACGGCCUGUUCACGAGCCUCGUUGCGACACAUUCAAAACCCGCCCUUUUGACCCCUGCCCAGCCCACGAGGCGGCGCGGCUGGCGUGGUCUUUCUGUUGAUCUGAUACGUGAUCCCAAUGAUCCAAGCAGUCCAUCAUCCCCGAUGUCCCCGAUGUCCCCGCUCGAGGACGAUUCUGUCUCACCCGAACGUCUGCCUGCUGCUGUGAUCAAGGUUCUGUGGACACGCUCCAAGCUGCCGCGGCCGGUGCUGAGCGCGAUAUGGAACGAAUGCGACCCAGGACGAGCUGGUUCGUUGGAUCGAGAUUCGUUUAUUAGAGGGAUGUGGAGGAUCGACGAGGAGCUGCGACAUGCGCGAGAUGCCCGCGAUGGACUGCUAAGUCCUCAGGGCAGUCUGCGGCGGUCGAGGAGGUAGCUUUACUGUAUGCUAUAUAUGGGUUGUCAACAUGCACACACUCGUUCCCAUGGACUAAUUAGGAAGGUCGCGGCGGAUCGAUGCAAUAUACUAAAUCCCUGCACUACAUAGGCCAUAGAUUACAACAUAAACAUAUACAUACAAGAAAUCACGUCAAGGUCCUACGGGGUAGUGAUAGGCUGUCCAAAAGAGCCUCAUCCAUUCCUGCGUCUUUCGCCAGAGGUUUUCAAGCUGGGUUUGUGUGUCCCACGACUGGAGCCACAAAGCGAAAUCGACGUGAAACGGCCUGUACACUGUGACGCCGGAGUCGAACGGCGGGGGCUGGGCUUGUCGUGUCGGUAGCGCCGACGGGGUCACGGUCACAAAGGUUGUUUCUGAGGAUGUUGAAAGACUCGGAAGUUCGCUCGUUGUCGUCGUCGUCUUCGUCGUCGAUGCUGUUAACUCGGAGAUCAUGCCCUCCGUUUGAAACCACGGCUUGCGGCUGGACAAGGUCUGGUAAGCAGUCGACGUGAUAGUCACAGUCUCUGUGGCCAAUGGGGUGUCUUCCGCCGGUCGUGCUACCUCGGCCAGUGCCAUCUCAAGGCGAAGAUAGCCGAAAGAGACGAGCAGCCAGGGAAUCAGAAAUAGCAAGAAUUGACCCAGGGAGUAAUAGUGCAGAUUUGAACGCGCGCGGCGUUCAGGCCGGACGUCAAAUGAGAUAUGGGGAUAGAAGAAUGGCUCCAGCGAGUAGUGAAGCAAUCUCCCAGGCUGCUCAUGGGCGAAGUUAGACCGCAAGGAGGAGAUUUUGGUUCCUGUUUCGAGAAAUGAGCAGACCGAAAGAGAAAAUAAAGAGAGCAUACCUUCGAUGUUCUCGAUGUUGACCUCGAGCCUGCCCACAGGCAGACCAAACGACGGGAGAUGGACGUCCAGGCUCUUGCCCUUGCCCUUUCUGUCGCCCUUGACGAUAUAAUCAACGACAACCCGCCCGGUGUUUGCCGACCCAACGCGUAAUCUGAUCCAGCUGACCCAUUCCAGGCCGCUCAUCUGCUCAAACACAAGCCCCUUCUCGUCCUGGUGCAUGGUCAUGCUCGUCUCGUAGAAUAUAGGCACGUCGUCAACCGUCGCAUUCACAAUCUCGAUCUUCGGUGGUCCGCCAGCAUCGGCGCCGUGCUUUGCCAAACCAAAUUCCACCCAGUCCGAGUCGGUGUCCGCUGGUGCGGCCAGUGUCACGCGCACAGCAUAGCACGUCGGAAGAGGCUCAGAGCUAGUCACGAGGGGUGUCACGUCCGCAACGACGCUCGGAAUCAUCAACUUUCCCUCGCGCUUGGGGCGAGCGGGCACCAUACCCAAAACUCGAGCAGCAGUCGAUGGUACCCGAUCGCGGUCACGUGAACCAUUCGGUGUGCGAGGCCGACUGGGGGGAUGGGCUUUUCCGUUGACAGCCGGCUCGGGGAAGACGACGGCGCUGGGGCUGACCAGGAUCCUUGUUUGCUCGGAGUCCCUGCACUUGAAGUAGUCUCCGCGCUGGAUGUGGUGUUUCCGGCCGUUGCUUUGCAAGACGUUCACUGUAGACGCCGGUUGAGCGUCAGUGUCAUGCCGGAUGAUGGUAGAAACUGUUUCGUGAUCAGCGGCGAGGACAGUGAAACGGGGAAUGAGCAUCGAGUUGGGGUCAUUCAGAUCUUCGUCGCGCUGACCACGGGCGCGGGCACUGAUCAAGACGGUCCCUUGGAUCUGAAAUGCGAACGAAUUGGCCUUGAUUGGCACAGCAGUAAGCUUGUUCAUGUCGAUGUGAAUGGUGAUGGGAACGCCCGGAGGUCGGGGCCCCGGGUCUGCCGGCGGGACCGAAGAUGUGGGGAACAGUGACCCAGCAGACGAAUCCGCGGAUAAUGUUUGCGAAUGCUCGAAAGAGUAGUCCAGCUCGUUCUGAGCUGGCAACGGUCCACGUAGCAGGGAAGACGACGAGCUCUGUCGCGAGAGAGCAGCGUCAAGCUGCACCUGCGAGCUGGUCGAGUCGAAGGAAUCUUUUCUGAGCAGGUCUGGCAUCGCAGAAGGCCCCCCAGCGUCAAAUCCGGUGUAGCCAGCGGCUCCACUAAUGUUCCAUUCCGUAGCCUUGCCCGGCACCCAAGACACGUCGGAUCCCUUGGCCUCUAAGCUCACAUCCAUUCCCAGCAGCGUCGCAACACCGGGAAACCACAGCCCUUUGCACGUCCCUUUGUACUCGAUCUUCAUCACCACGGCUUCUCGGUGGUGCUCGGGAUCCCACAUCCUGCCCUGCACCGCACAGGUCAUCUCCCCUGUCACAUCAGUGACCCCCACGCGUCGUCGCCCGUCAUGCUCGGACCCCACGACCUUGACCGGCCGAGCCCACCGCACUCGCAACCGCUCAGCACUGGGGAACGUACCCUGGAUUCCGCAGCCAUCGGAAAAUCCCGUCGUCGAAGAGUCACUCGAUUCAUCGUCGGCGACGUUCCCAAAGGACUUGGAAUACGCAUCUGAACGGGACUGGCGCGAGGAUCCUGCACGAGUCACGUGGGGCUCUGAGGUCAGAUCCCAUGAGCCGCCGCCGUCUUCGUCAGCCGACGACAACGACGCAAAAGAGUUCGAUGACGGGAUUGGCGGAAUUCGUAGUCGGACAUGGUUAUGCAGGCAUCUCGGUGUUGGAAUCGACAACUGUCACUCAGUUAGUCCAAAUGAGACUGUCAUUGAAAAGGCGCUGCACCAGAUACGGGAACCUCGGUGGUUUUGACACGUAGGGAACCCACAUAUCGAUAGCUGCCAUGAACUGGGCGCUUGGACGCUCAAUUAUGGAGGACCGCCUGCCUCCUCCAGGAGUCCGCAUCAGAUCAGCAUCAUGGUACCGUCCUGGGAAAGACUUGGGGAGCACGUAUGAGAUAUGGUAACCGCUGACAAGAAUAUGGCCUGUGUAUUUGGCUUCGACAGGCGGGGGCGCAGUCUUGGAAGAAGAUCCGGAUCGACUACUUCCCGGACGGAUCGAGUUGGCGAUAUUGGAUUCCGAGGGCGGCGGUGACAGAUUAAACACGGCGUGGAAGUUCUCAGAUGACCGGCUCGGGACUGAGGGCAAACUUGAGCAUAGCUGGACUAAGUGGUGAAUGAACACAUACGACUGAGAGCCCGAGCAGCGUGAUGAAGUAGGGGUGAUAGAUCCGAGGAAAAUGCGUAGGGCACAGAUUUUGAAUCCAG